AUGGCAUUAUCACGGGCUUUGCGGACGUUGUCUGCGGGUGCCAGACUCUACUCUACAAGCUUACGCUCCCUCCCUAAGACAUGCUCUUUGCGGCCGUCAUUUCACCGACCCGUCUCCACAUCACAACACCCCUUCGCUUAUGGGGCUAACGAUGAAGUCGCCCGUCUUGCAGCCAGCCGUCGACGACCCUUGACUCUGGCAGACCUGCUCAAGCACGGAAGACCGCCGCUAUCAAAAGAUACCCUGCUUGCCUCGGCCAACUUCACGCUAUCCCUACUCCCAGCACGACUCGCAUCACGGAUCGAAGCCCUCCGCAACCUCCCAUUCAUCGUUGUGUCGAACCCCCAUGUCACGCAGAUCUACAACAAUUACCUACACUCCUUAUCAACGCUCCUCCCGUACCAACAGCGACAGGUCACCACCCUCGAAGAGGAGAACCAGUUUGCCGAAGUGCUCGCCGACCUCGUGCACACGCACACCAACACGAUCCCGAUCCUCGCGCGCGGCUUCCUCGAAUGCAGACGCUACAUCGACCCUGCCGAAGUCACGCGCUUCCUAGACACGCACCUCCGCGCGCGCAUCGGCACGCGCCUCAUCGCCGAGCAACACCUGGCACUACAUUUCGCCUCUCAGCCGGUCCGCGACAACACCAGCCCGGGAAAUGACAAACACCAGCCAGCAGCCGCAGCAGCAGGAGGAGGAGGCAAGAACGCCCCGCCGUCCAACUACAUCGGGGUAAUCGACACGGCGCUACAGCCCGCGCGCAUCGUCAAGCUAUGCGAGGACUUCGUCGGCGAGAUCUGCGAGCUGAAGUACGGCGUGCGGCCGCGGCUGGUGAUCGGCGGACAGCCGGACGCCUCGUUCGCGCACGUCCCCGUGCACGUCGAAUACAUCCUCACGGAGCUGCUGAAGAAUGCUUUCCGCGCGACCGUCGAGUCCGGAAACGGCCACGAGCCCAUCGAGGUCACCAUCGCCGCUGCGCCAGACGUGCCCACCUCCCACCACGACCAUCACCACCACCACCAUAAUCACGACCAUUUCCCCCAGACCAAUCCUAUCACCAGCACAACCAACAACAAGAACUGGCCAAACCAACAAGACCAAAACCACCGCCCCCCACCCUCCAACACCGACACCGACAUCGGCAUCCACAUGGACACGGAUCACACCAACACAGUAGCCGGCACCGCCGACGCCAACGAGUCCCUGAAAUUCUGGCCCACCACCCCAGCCGCGCAAUGCAUCACGAUCCGCAUCCGCGACCGCGGCGGCGGCAUCCCGCCCGAAGUGCUGCCCAACAUCUGGUCCUACAGCUUCACGACCUUCUCGGAGUACGAUAACGGCGGCUCCGAAACCGAGGGCAUGGAGGCGCUGAACACCAUCGCGUCCAGUGGCGGCGGCGGCGGGCAUCUCAGCAGUAUUGCUGGGUUGGGGUACGGAUUGCCGUUGAGUCGCGCGUAUGCGGAGUAUUUUGGGGGUAGUAUUGCGAUCCAGAGUCUCUGGGGGUGGGGGACGGAUGUGUAUUUGACGUUGCAGGGGGUUGGGAAUGUUAAGUGA